CUCACCAAUAUGUAGAAUAACAGAAUGGAUGAGCAACUGCUGUGUAUUUUACAGACGGACCACGCUGACUGUAUGAUGGUCAUGUAUGGGAUUUCACGAAUGAUGCUACUGACAUUCGUUGGCUUCACAGAACACGUAGGUUCUUUAGUCCUGACAAGUUCCCCCAUGACAGCGACAGACGGAGAACUGUUCACCCUGAUCUGCAGCAGAAACACAACUGGGGGACAAGACAGACAGUGGAAGAGAGAUGGUACAUUUGUCCUCAUCACAACACAAGGUUCCUCCAGUCCCAGUGUAGCCAACCCUGACAUCUUCAACAGGUAUCUGUCAGGUCGGGUCAAUGUGAGCUGUGAUGCCACACAACACAAUGUGACUCUCAGGAUCAACUCCGCCGUAGACAAUGGAUCCAGGUGGCAGUGUGUGGAUAAUGUCGCCAGUCAGACGAGCAAUACGAUGGCGAUAUAUGUGACUGUUCCCCAGUCAACACACUCUGCAUCAGUUUCUACAGUUUCUACAACAACCACAUCAUCAUCAUCGUCUGCUUCAACAGUUCCCCCAGGUGACACUUAUGUGACUGUUCCCCAGUCAACACACUCUGCAUCAGUUUCUACAGUUUCUACAACAACCACAACAGCAUCAUCAUCGUCUGCGUCAACAGUUCCCCCAGGUGACACUAGUAUGUCCAUCAGUACUUCCCCUGUGACAACGACAAAGCAAUGUCCAGCGUGUGUUACCUCCCCCAGUGGCGUCUACGUAGCAGCUGGAACUGUUGGCGGUGCUGUGUUCGGCAGCGUCGUCACUGUCGUUGUCGUCGCCCUGUGGACGCACAACAAGAACAAGACCAAAGAUGCCCCAAAUACAAACGUAUACGCCUCUACAUCAGCGUACGAUUACGUCGACCACCAAUACGCCAUGGCUCCGAGGCAGUACGUCAACACCGUGGAGGGUGCACAGACACCACACUACGUCAACACAGACAGGGAUACAGGAGACACAGCCUACUACAACACUACACAGUGAACACCGUGGUGGUACAGACACACCACACUACAUGAAUACAGACAGGAGGCACGGCCUACUACGACACUACACAGUGAACACCGUGGAGGUACAGAUACACCACAUUACGUGAAUACAGACAGUGGUACAAGAUGCAGAGCGUACUACAACA